CACUGAAAUCUCAUAAACCCUAAAAUCCCCCGAAAUGGAAUGGUAAAAUUUCAGAAAAAAGAUCUCAAAUUCCAAAAUCUGAUUUGAUCCCGCAACGAAGAAAUGAUACGAAGAAGAAUCUCAUCGAUCAUAUCAACAUCACUCAUCAAUUCUUCGACUUCGAUUCACCAAACCGCAAAACCCAGAUUCAUCACUUCUUCGCCACUUCUUCAAUGCCGUACUUCUCCGAGCUUUGCUCAAAUUCCUACCUUUAUGAGCAGAGCUUCCUCGUUUCAGGGAAUUAGAGCGUACAGUUUACUGAGCUUGAACGAUCUGAGAGACAAUGUGCCCAGAAAACUCAAGACGAGGAAAGGUAGAGGUAUUGGGUCUGGUAAAGGUAAAACUGCUGGAAGAGGUCACAAGGGGCAAAAAGCUAGAGGAACCAUGAAGUUUGGUUUUGAAGGUGGGCAGACUCCAUUACGACGCCGUUUACCAAAACGUGGCUUCAAGAACAAAUUCAAGCUCCAUUUCCAGCCCGUUGGUCUUGGAAAGAUCGCUAAACUCAUAAACGCUGGGGAGAUAGAUUCUCAUGAAUUGAUCACAAUGAAAACGCUCAAGGAUGUUGGAGCCAUAGGAAAGCAAAUAGAAGACGGAGUAAGACUAAUGGGUCGUGGUGCUGAUGAGAUUAAAUGGCCACUUCAUUUCGAGGUUUCGAGAGUGACAGUUAGGGCAAAAGAGGUGGUGGAAGCAGCAGGAGGAUCAGUGAGACGAGUGUAUUACAACAAAUUGGGCUUAAGGGCAUUGCUUAAACCGGAAUGGUUUGAGAAGAAAGGAAGGUUAUUGCCUAAGGCAGCGCGACCACCUCCUAAGCAACAAGAUAAGGUUGAUAGCAUCGGACGGCUUCCCGCUCCGAAAAAACCCAUUCCCUUCUUUGCAGCUGAGGAGAACAAAGUUGAGUCUCCUAUUGAAUCGUGAUUUUGGGUUGGCUUAUAACGUUUGAUGGUUCUGCUGAAGUUGUUUGUGCUGUUUCUUGGUCAAUGUUGGAUAUUUUUUAUUUUGACAAAUAAGGUCUUUCUCCUAUUACUUUCUCUGUAUUUGGUCGCAACAAGUUCUUAAGCAUUUUCAGACUUGUUGUUUGGGAUCAAAGCUUCGUUCAUGAAGAAGGUCGAGGAACCAUGGAACAACAUAUACGAUAGAUUUCAAUUAUUUAUCCAACUAUUA